AUGAGUACUACGUGCAACAAAGGGAACCAAUCUUCCAGAUCUCAACCCGCCCUUCCAGAUCUCAACCCGCACUUCCAGAUCUCCCCCCGCACUUCCAGAUCUCAACCCACACUUCCAGAUCUCAACCCGCACUUCCAGAACCCGCGCUUCCAGAUCUCAACCCGCACUUCCAGAUAUCAACCCGCACUUCCGGAUCUCAACACACACUUCAAGAUAUCAAUCCGCACUUCCAUAUGUCAACCCGCACUUCCAGAUUUCAACCAAAACUUCAAGAUCUCAACCCACACUUCCAAACCUCAACCCGCACUUCCAGAUCUCAACCCACACUUCCAGAUCUCAACCCACACUUCCAGAUCCCAAUACACACUUCUAGAUCUCAACCCACACUUCCAGAUCUCAACCCACACUUCCAGAUCUCAACCCACACUUCCAGAUUUUGACCCGCACUUCCAGAUCUCAACAGACACUUCAAGAUAUCAAUCCGCACCUCCCGAUCUCAACCCGCCCUUCCAUAUUUCAACCCGCACUUCCAGAUCUCAACCCGCACUUCCAGAUUUCAAUCAAAACUUCAAGAUCUCAACCCACACUUCCAGAUCUCAACCCGCACUUCCAGAUUUCAACCCACAUUUCCAGAUCUCAACCCACACUUCCAGAUAUCAACCCAUACUUUCAGAUCUCAACCAACACCUCCAGAUCUCAACCAACACUUCCAGAUCUCAACCAACACUUCCAGAUCUCAACCAACACUUCCAGAUCUCAACCAACACUUCCAGAUCUCAACCAACACCUCCAGAUCUCAACCAACACUUCCAGAUCUCAACCAACACUUCCAGAUCUCAACCAACACCUCCAGAUCUCAACCCGAACUUCCAGAUCUCAACCCAACCUUCCAAACCUCAACCCGAACUUCCAGAUCUCAACACACACCUCCAGAUCUCAACCCGAACUUCCAGAUCUCAACCAACACCUCCAGAUCUCAACCCGAACUUCCAGAUCUCAACACACACCUUCAGGUCUCAACCCGAACUUCCAGAUCUCAACCAGCACUUCCAGAUCUCAACCCGAACUUCCAGAUCUCAACCCGAACUUCCAGAUCUCAACCAACACCUCCAGAUCUCAAUCCGAACUUCCAGAUCUCAACCAACACCUCCAGAUCUCAACCCGAACUUCCAGAUCUCAACCAACACCUCCAGAUCUCAAUCCGAACUUCCAGAUCUCAACCCACACUUCUAA